UUUCUCGAAAAAACCAGAGUCAUGAAUACUUGAAUGUACCCCAAGGCAGUCACGAUUGUAUGACAAUCAAUCGUUGUCAGUCUUAGCUUCCUUCUAAACAUCUCUCCUUUCAAAACUACUGAUUUUGGUAUUCAAAGUUCACUCAUGAGAUCCUUCCCCGAUUCUGAAUGAUCAGAUGUUUAAUGGAAAUAACAACCUUUUAAACAACUGCUGCGAAGUUUCCUGCGACUGAGCACGCAAAAGCCGUUCAAUUCGAAUAAACAAGGUUUGAUAGUUUCUGUUUUUUCUCAUCGUUAUUGUUUUUAAGUUCAACGGGUAUUUGGAUGUUUACUGAUGUAAUUUAUGCUUUUCCACGUUAGCCUCAAUUUAUUUUUCUUUUCAUUCAUAUGAACAUGUGUCUUCAGAGGAGAUAAUUGCAGUCUUAAUUUCAGCGAAUAAUGAUGUCGUUACGCUGUUUGCCAAUAAGUUUACAAAUGCAAAUUGGGAAAAAAAUCAUGCAUCCAUGAACUAAACUUCUGUUAUUAGACAGAAUGAAUCAGCGUAUUUUCAUUCCAAGUUUCUCUAGUCCAUAAAAACAAGAAAAAAAAAUAAACGUGAUAAUCUGACGCUCAACAAGAUCUAGGUAACCCUAAUUGCUCAGCAAUUUAAAAUAAAGGUGUUUUAAAAAAGAAGUGAGCUAAAACACGGAUUUUAACGCGUGACGUCAAAGAACCCAGCCUACGAAACGGCGGUGGGCAGCUGGCGUAUAUUGACUCUCUGACAACAGAUAAAUGUUGAAACGAAAUGCAUGUCGAAUUUCUGGAAUGAGCCUUUAAUCUCGCGCUUUCUUAAACAACAUUCAACGCUUGUUGGUCCUCGCUGUCUGAAUUCUGUUAAAAUCCAAACAAUUACCGUUUCGCUUUGUCAACAAUUUCCUAAAAUAGGGUCUACUGACUUAUUUAUAUUCAAAACUGUCAUUUCUCUCGAUUGACACCCUUUAGGCUCACACAAUAAGGAUAAAAGAGAUCCCCUAAGAUAAUCAAUAAAAUCUCUUAUUGCCUAAGCCGGAAAAUAACAACGGUUUGACGUCAAUACCAGUUUGAUUGACAGGAAUUUGGAUGCAAUGGGAAAAUAACCCCAUUAUGUGUUCGUUGGGUCGUGACUGAAACAUGAAUCAACCAUCACAAACCAUCAGGCCGAGGUCAAUCUCGUUUCAUCUCUCUACGAACUAGACGCAAAUAAGCAAGUUUCUCGACUUUUCCAUUACAGUUUGUACACAAACCAACCCUGCUCAGCCAAUAAUCUCUCUGAGACUUCUGGACAUCUUCUUUGAGAGCCUCUCGACACGAGCAUGUGUUCAUGGGAUUGAAUUUCCCAGCGCAAUUAGUCUUGAGCGUAGAGACUGACAAAAUACAUUUGAGGCUGUUCACAGGUUACGGCGAGGUAAUCUGGUGUGCUUAGUCAAAGACGCUGGUAGUGACAGACAAAUAUUCAUGAUCUCAGCGUUCCAGACACAGUAACUUCUCUCAAGGAAAUGGUUUCAGUAUUACCGCAGUUAACUAUUGUGCCAGUAGAAAGCGGAAUGAAUUCUGUUAGCUCUGUGUUCAUGCCGCAAAGAAACAGUUUUCGUCCAAAGAAAAAGUUAACAAGAAUUGCCAACGGACUCAAAACCCAGGGAAUAACAAAUCAGUAUAAUUUACCUCCGCAACUAUUUGUGACCUCGAAAACGGACAAAAAAAAGUUUUCCUCCGUUCCAAAGAUAAUAAUUGAUACGGUAGAAGAUGACAAACCCUGGGAAAACAGGAACUCGCCGAGGUUACAGGCGCUACAGAGUUAUACAAAGCCAGGACUUCAUUGCAAUGCAAGAUUUCUUCAUCCUUCGUAUACAGUCUGCGCGGCCGUUUCCGCGAAUGACCCUGGCGCUCUCAAAAAUAUUCUACUCUCGGGGUCCGUGAAUAUUGAUCAGUUAACUUCGAGCGGGGCUUCGGCACUUCACGAGGCGGCUUAUGACGGGAAAAUAAGUUGUGUAAGCGCUUUAAUUCAAUGCGGAGCUGAUGUGAACAUUGUAGACAGCGAAGGAUGGACACCGCUCCACGCCGCAGUUUGCGGGAGAAGUUUACAGUGCGUCGAGCUACUUAUCGGUCGUGGCGCGAACGCCAAAGCGAAAACGGACGACGGACUAACACCGCUUGGAAUCGCGUUACAACAGGGCGACAGAGACAUGAUUAAACUAUUAACAUCGCUUUCUAAUCGGACGCAAACAUCGAACAGACCGAGAAGGUACUCUUUCAAAGAAGCGAAAGCGCUGUUGUCAUUUUCGCCUUCAAAUGUUUAAUUUAAUGCGUGGGAUGUCAGCAAAGGUUUCCGCAAGGAUAUCAAGAAAGCUCGAUAAUACCUUUAUCUGAAUGCUGUGAAUUCAAAGAACUAUGAAGGCCAAUGACGAAUUUUCCGUCUGACGUAUUUACAGUUCCUAUUUCUCUCUCUCUCGUCGCUUCCUUUUCUAUAUUAAAUUACUCGCAAGAACAGCUUUAGUUGAAAAAUGCAGAGUGUGUCAUCCGCCGUUGAAAGUUAGAUUUGCAGACGCUUAUAUUUAAGACUAAAUUCAGCCAUGAUAUUGUAGUUAAGAAGCUAAACAAAUGCAUAAACAAGAAUAUAUUUUUCAGAGAGCCGGCUGGCCGGCGGUAAAUAUUUUUAUAAGCUUGGAAAAUAUUACAGUGUGAAUAUAGCAAAAAAAGCAAAUAAAAGAAAUUUAGCAGAUAAUGGAAA